AUGCCGGCCGCGCCACCCAAACCGCGCAAGAUUGGCUCACGGGCCUGCGAUGCCUGCAAGAUCCGAAAGGUGAAGUGCACCGAGAUUCCGCCCUGUCGUCGCUGCAGCACCAUCGGCAUUGAGUGCACCUUCAACAAGGGACAGGCCACGAGGGGCCCGAGGAGCCUCCGAGCCAAGACGUGGCAGCAGAUUCGAGAUGCGCAGCAGCAGCAGCACCACCACCAGGAGAAACCUCCCGAAAAUGCUGCGGCGACGCGCAACGUGAGCGCCGAUGGGAGCCCGCACUCGUCCACCGGCCGGGAACCUUCGAUGAACAACUCGACGACCCCCGUCAUUGCCGUCGAAUGGCUCGUCCUGCGGCUCUGCAUCUACCGCCUGCGCCUUUUCCCGGUAUGGCCCAUUGUCGCCGUCGAGGAGGUCAUCGCCUCGCUACAGCGCGAUGCCGAGGACCAAGAGAUGUACGCCCUCGCCACGGCCAUUGGCGCAGCCACCAUGGCCCAGCUCAAGCUUGACCGUUCCCGCGACUGCGGCAUCAACGACGCUGUGACCGCCCAUGUCCUCGAAGCAGAGUGCCAGCGGAGCCGCGUCCUGCUCGACUCGCAGCCCGCCAACCUCAACAAGCUGCGGACCUCCUUCUUCCUCCACAUCUUCCACGAGAACCAGCAGCCCGGCGGCACCAACGUCGCUGUU